GGCCGAGAUGUACAAUGCCCUGAGCCGAAAGAAAUUGUUGAGAGGGAAUGAGUAGCAAUGAAGUCAGAAUACUCUACGCUCCAGGGUCCUGGGACAAAGCUGUUUCCCCGCGAUUGUCUCUCCGCCGGCAAGCGGAUCGGCAUUCCUUCCCAUCUCUGUCACAAUGCCUCCACCGCCCGUCACACCUUCGCCGCAUCGUUUCUUGCCCUCGAGCUCCGCUAAAUCCAGUCAUCCCCCAGCUUCCACCUUCGGGACUCGUUUGCCGCAGUUCAGGCAAACACCGCGCUUCUCCACACCGGCUAGCCGACCUGCUACUCAGCUGGAUACACUGCCAGAUGGUGCCCGAGUUGGUUUGACGAGAGUGGAGAGCAUUGAGGAGCCGUCGCAGGAGAAUGCCGACGAGGAUGAGGAAAUGCUCUUUGGUUCCGCUGAGCGAGGCCAGGACCAUGAGAUAAUCCAGAGCGUCGAAUCCACUCAUCUGUCGGCACAAAAACACUACCCGAAUGAGAACAACCAGACUGUGUCGCUGCUGCAUCAUCCAGUUACUUUAGAUUCACCCUCUGAUGCUGAGCGCUCUCCGAAGCGUCAACGGCUUAUUCCAAAGCCUGACUAUCCAGAGUCUUCCACAAUACAUGAUGUCACGCCUACUAGCAUGCCCAUUAGCAAACCCUCACGUUUUAUUCUGGCCCCAAAUUCUCCUGGACAUGGCUCAUUUACAGGCCUUGAGACUUCAGCCAUGCAAAGCACCAGGUCGAGGAAUCCUUUCCUACUCCCCGAUUCCACGCAGUCAAAUGUGCCACCAAAAAACAGAACUGGCGCCACCACUAACACCAUCGCCCCUUUACCCGAACACUUUUCGCCUCAUCGCCGAGCUGAAAAGUUUGCCCCCGGGGGCAUGGCCGAUGUGGUCCGGGGCUGGAUUCUGAACGUCGGACAAAAUGGACCAACACAGCAUCAAUUGGUUUAUCGAAAUGACCGCCCACAAAGGGGUGGCACACCCGCGAUCUUCCAAGUCACAGACCACAAAGACAGUGUCAGGAGUGAGCAAGUCAACAUUGUUGCUGGUCGCGCAUUACGUCGUGAAGAGAAUCCACCAAGUAAGGUGGUAAAUGCCAUGCUCGUCGGUGCAGGAAAAGGUGCAGGCAGUAAACUGAAGAAUGGCGAUACUGUGCGAGUAGGUUCGCCUUCUUGGGGCAUCGAAAUUGGUCAGCCUAUAGAACCAUGGACAAUUGGUGUGCAUUGGGAUCUAGUAUAAGAUACAGAAUAUCAAUACGCCGCCUAUUCAGC